AUGUCGGCCACUGGAGAAGAAAAGGCCCAUGGAAGCGGAUCUGAAACUUCAUCUACUGACCAAGUCGAGAUCUACGAGCGUCCGAGAGGAUGGAGGGGUGUUUACUACCACCCAGCCACACAGGUCUGCUUGGUUGGCGUCGUGUGCUUUAUGUGCCCGGGAAUGUUUAACGCCCUUACUGGUCUUGGCGCUGCUGGUGCAGUCGAUGCAACUACCAGCGCAAACGCGAAUUCUGCUCUCUAUUCUACUUUUGCAUUUUUCGCCUUUUUUUUCUGGGUCAGUCGCCCGCAGUGCUCGGUAUCCUCCGUGCACAAUGUGGUUGGACCUAGAGUUUGCCUAUUGCUCGGAACAUGGGGAUAUUCUCUGUUAAUCGGGUCUUACUUUGCAGCGAGCCUUCAUCCCGGUGCAGGCGACUUUGUUGUCGCCGCCGGAGCUAUCUUGGGCGUCUGUGCGGCAUUGGUAUGGACGGCGCAAGGUUCCUUGAUGAUGGCAUACCCGACCGAGGCUCAGAAGGGGACGUUCAUUGGUUACUUCUGGGCUAUCUUUAACCUAGGAAGUGUCGUAGGCUCCUCGGUGGCCUUCGGGUCGAAUUUUAACUCCACGGCGAACAAAGUUGGAAACGGAACCUAUAUCGGAUUUCUGAUUCUCUCCCUUACUGGCGUUGUCUUGCCCCUCUUCCUUGCAGACCCAUAUAAGAUGAUCCGUACUGACGGAACCAGAGUCGCACCUAUCCGUCACCCUUCUUGGAAAACUGAGUUUAUCAGUCUAUUUGUGGCACUGCAAACGGACCCUUGGAUUGUCCUCUUGUUCCCCAUGUUCUUCGCCAGCAACUACUUCUACACCUGGCAAUUCAAUGAUUAUAAUGGCGCCCUAUUCAACAUUCGCACCCGCGGCCUGAACAACUUCGUUUAUUGGACUGCUCAGAUCUUUGGCUCAUUCUUCAUCGGUCACUUUGUUCUGGAUUUGAGACGGUUCCGUAGACGUGUCCGUGCAUUCUUAGGCUGGUCGAUUGUAGUAGUCUUGGUUUUUGCUGUUCAUCUAUGGUCAUACUACUACCAAUUGACUUAUACUCGCGCCUCCGACCCUCCUACAGCCGUCAAGAUGGAUAUCGACGAUCCAGGUUACCCUGCACACGUAUGGCUCAUGAUUUUUUAUGGUCUCCUCGACUCUAUGUGGCAGACAACUGCCUACUGGCUGAUGGGCGCUAUGUCCAAUGACCCCGCAAAGCUCGCCGUGUUCACUGGCUUUUACAAGUGCUUCCAGUCUGCUGGAUCCGCUGUUGUGUGGCGCCUCGAUGCUGUGCAAAAACCAUAUAUGAAUAUUUUCAUUUCUACUUGGGUCCUUGCGGCUGCCGGCAUGAUAUGUGCCUUCCCCUUAGUCUACGCUCGCGUAAAGACUACACGGAGAUGGACGAUGAGGCUCUGUUGGCCCGACCAAACGUCGAGAAACUUCCUGUACCGUCUCAGAAGAAAUAAAGCGACAUGUGUUCGCCCAGCAAGAGAGGAUGUAUUUAUGACACACGAACUUGUAAUGAGAUUUUUGUUGUUUUUGUAUCUUCGAGUAUCUGUUGUCGUCUUGCUAUCAAAAGGAAUCGUGCGUUAUAG